AGCAUUAUCACCCAAGUAUCAAUGCAAUUGAACACUUCACCUAAACAUCAAACUGCUACGAUCAGAACAGCACCACCAUGCGUCUUUGCAAGAAAUUCCUUGCGGCAACGACUCUGUUUCCUUUUGCCUUUGCAGACUUUUGGAUCUUACAUGGAAUGGAGGAUUUCUACAUACUCGGUUUGUGGCAUCUUUGGGACGGCGCACAUUUCGUACAUCCGCAGUUCGAUUGCCAUGCAAUAAACGCCGCAAGCCACUGUGCUUGGGAAGAUGACGUGAGCAGUGAUAAAACAGGUAUCCGACUUCAGGGCACUGUAGACGAUCCUGAACAGAUUGAAUUUAACAAUGACCUUGG